AUGCAAAUUUUUGUCAAGACCCUCACCGGCAAGACCAUCACUCUUGAGGUCGAAAGCUCUGACAGCAUUGAAAAUGUCAAGACCAAGAUCCAAGACAAGGAAGGUAUCCCGCCAGACCAGCAGCGUUUGAUUUUCGCUGGUAAGCAGCUCGAGGACGGCCGCACUCUUUCGGACUACAACAUCCAGAAGGAAUCGACCCUUCACUUGGUCCUCCGUCUCCGUGGUGGUAUCAUUGAACCCUCGUUGAAGCAGUUGGCCUCCAAGUACAACUGUGAGAAGAACAUUUGCCGCAAGUGCUAUGCUCGUCUCCCCCCUCGUGCCACCAACUGCCGCAAGAGAAAGUGUGGUCACUCUAACCAGCUCCGCCCCAAGAAGAAGUUGAAGUAA